AUUGCCUCUUUACGGGCUUCAUUUACAUAAAGUCAUUUAAGGCUGGUGUCAUCUCGUCGAAACUACUCCCUGUCCGCGUACAGAUAAUGUGAAGAAUCUGGUUGGGCCAGUGCACCGGUUUCAGGUCAGAGGGAAGAAUGUUCUGACUCCACCUUCACGUAAGACAUCCUUAUAAGCACAGCAAACAGUCUGUAUUCCACCUUACAACCCGAGCUGUGCUGACCUGCUCCUUCAAACUUCAACUCUUCUGCUCCUGUUCAAGUGCUUCAAACAAGACCUCAUCAUGGUGUCAAUGGGACGACAGAUGCUUGGCUUUGCCAUGGGCAUCAUUGGCUUCCUGGGGACCAUCAUCGUGUGUAUCCUGCCCAUGUGGAAGGUUACAGCCUUCAUUGGAGCCAACAUUGUGACAGCGCAGGUCAUCUGGGAAGGCUUGUGGAUGAACUGUGUGACGCAGAGUACAGGCCAGAUGCAGUGCAAGGUCUAUGAUUCUCUGCUGGCUCUACCGCAGGACCUUCAGGCUGCCAGAGCUCUUACGGUCAUGGCCAUCAUCGCUUCUGUCUUGGGAAUCCUCUUGGGGAUUAUGGGAGGCAAGUGCACCAACUUUGUAGAGAAUGAAAAUUCUAAAGUCAAGGUGGCCAUUGCGGCAGGAAUCCUCUUCAUUAUUUCCGGUUUACUUGUCCUCAUCCCCGUCUGCUGGUCUGCCAACACCAUUAUCCGGGAUUUCUACAACCCUACCUUAAUCGAAGCCCAGAGGAGAGAGUUGGGGGCUUCACUCUACAUCGGCUGGGGCACAGCUGGGCUUCUCAUCUUGGGUGGUGGCCUCCUCUGCAGCUCCUGCCCAGCCAACAACAGCCCAGAGUAUCCAGUCAAGUACUCUGGUGCCAGGUCCGAAGCCACCAGCCGGGCCUAUGUCUGAGAAGCCCAUUCUCUCUCCUAAGAAAGACUUCUAAUUAUUUUACUUUUCUUGAGUUACCCUCCUUCGUUGUAAGGUUAUGAUUGCAUCACAAGUUGCUUUUCUUUUAGUGACACACAGAACUGUUUUCUGAUGAAUUCAGAUUUCUUUGGUGGAGGCAAGAGAGUGUUUCUUGAGGAACGAGAAAACAUUACAAAAGAUGUAGUGUGAAACUACUGUACCGACAAGAAAAUCUUCCAACAGCACGAUGACUGGAUUGAAUGAGAGCUAUUCUAUAUAAAGUGUGUAUCAAACCUAAUUUUUCUCUGAAUGUAAAUCUCAGUUGUGCAAGAAGGAUGUUAAUGGUGAACUAGGGGUAUGAUGGAAUCAAACUUGUACAGCACCCUUGAUAUAUUGUGAAUUUAAAGUAUAAAAUAUUUUAACAAUAUCAUGGUUCAAUGAAACAUCAAAAGACUGUUUUUAUUUACUUUUAAUUAAACAUUUACAUAAAUUAGA